CUAACUAACGAGGCAAGUGCCUGAGAUCACGACCAGCGCCGCACCAACUCGCGGGCUGCACCUGCCUCCGCCGCCUCCACUUCCGUUUUCCACCUACCGCUACUCACCCCAUCGCCCAAUCAGUGACAGUGACAGUGACAGUGACGGUGACGGUGAAGGUGAGCCAAGGACGUCGCCGCCCGGCAACGUACGGGACUCGGCAGCGGUGGCCAUACGAAGUUUACCGACACUUGGGUGCCCUGGCCCAGGGGGGAUCAACGGCCAAGCAAGCAGCGGGCAGAGCUGAACAGCAACGGGCUUCCAGCAAGAGACACUUGCUUCCUUCUUGCGCGAGCCGCGUGGUGAGGAAAGGAAUUUGAAAGUCAGCCGCCGCUGCCGUGCUGCCUGCCUCCCCCACGGUAAGGAAGGCGCUCGAGGGACGGUGAGUGAGCACUUCGUCGGUGCCCGGUACUUCAUACUUCACUUUGCCCCCAGGAGGUACUGGGUCCAAAGUCGAGUCGUGUCGCCAUCCAACAGCGUCAAUCGGGCUCCGCCUCAGGCAGGGCAAACCAGACAAGCCAAAGAAAGAAGCAAAGCAACAGGAUCGGGUCGUCGUCGCAGGUCGCCAUCAAGACACGGCCGCGUUGCACGACUUCUUGAGCAUCUGCGAUCCCGCCAACACGGACGGAUCCCCACAGCCCGCCCUCACUCACGCACUCACGCACUACCUGCAGUGCUCUGCUGCAGCCGCAGGCAUCCCGCCGGCGCGCCCGUCAUCCAUCGUCUUCUCCACGCGGCCUGGCAUACUGCAUCACCGCCAAAGGCGAAGCAGAGAGGCCUCGCCGAGACCGCCACUCGCUGCAGUACCUUGUUGUACCACGGCGACCACCAGGUGGAACGUCUGCAAGCCCGCCUUCUCCAUUCUUCGCGCGAAGGCUCGCUUCUUCCCGCCUUGCUCUAGGCUGUGCUCUCCUGCACGUGCUCCUCGCCGCCCAGCUCUUCUUGCCCGACGUCCUCGAGCCGGAUCUUUUCCCUUGCAAUUCUUUCAUCCAGUCUUCUUCGUUUGCUUUGAUCCUGCAAAAUCUGCCUUCGUUGCGUGCAUAGCGGUCCCUCCAUCUAAGUGCAACUGCCUUGGACUUCGCCAAUUCGUCUUGAGCGACCUCGUCGACAUCACCGCCCACUUCGCCUCGAGCCCAACCCCAGAAACGCCUGGCACUCUCUUCUACCCUGCCCAACCCUCCAUAGACCGCUUCGGCGCGCCCACAUACCAGCCCGCUCGCUGCCUUUACUGCCGCCGCCGCCGCCGCCACUACAAGACGCCUUGCAUGGAUCUCGCACCAAACAGGCCUUCGGCACCUCUGCCAGUGCUCUACUACAUCUACCCGGCUGUCGUUUUCCUCUACUUUCUGGGCUCAUCACUCGCCUCGGCCUGCACCCUUCAGCGUCUCAAGGAGGGCAAGGAUGGCAAGCCCGAGCGACCCUGCCGACGUGUCGUCUUGAGUCUUCUGGGCAUAUUUGUCUUCACCUACGUCGCUCAGCUCGCCGUGCUCAUAACGACUUCGGUCAGAGGUCAGCAGUGGCCACCAGAUGACUGCUUAGUCGUGGGCUGCCUGUCCUGCCUUCUCAUCUUCGGCAUUCAGCUCACCUGUCUCUGCGACUUGAACGGUGCGCUGGGAUACCAAUUCCAGGGUUCCUGGUUGUUGGCAUUGGCUUUUGAAUCUGUCAUUGGCGGUUUUGUCCUUGCGAGAGUCUGCCGCUCAGACGACCCUACCACAAGCAGCUAUGAAGUGGCCGAAUUGUCUCUCAACGCGGUGAGGAUCGCAUCACUGCUUGCACUCGUCAUUUGGCCUCUUGUAGCGUCCUUGGCGCGUCCGUCGUCCCAUGGAAGCGAUGAAGAGCACCAGUCACUUCUUCCAAAGACUGCGGCAACUGACCAGUCGUCCGGGACUACCAACGCGGGCAAUUAUGGAGCCACAGCCAACUCUGAUGAGUCGUCAGAAAACACGGCCGAGUUUAGGUGGGAGAGGCGCGAAAGAGAAGCUCGUGAAGCCAUGGAAAAGAGGCUGAAGGAGGGAGGCAAUUGGUUUGAGUAUGCCAAGGGCUUCAUGAUUUUCUUCCCCUAUGUCUGGCCCGUCAAUAGCUCUCCACUCCAACUCCGUGCAGCGGCAGUCGUCCUCUGUCUCUUCGCCUCCAAUGCACUGCACCUUCUUAUACCUCGACAAACUGGAAUCAUCAUGGACAGCCUUAGCGGUGCGAACCAGUCGAACCCGUGGAUUGCCGUCGUCUUCUUUGCGAUUUUGCGACUUGCCGCCUCGGAAUCGGGCAUUGAGCUCCUUCGCCAAUGGUUAUGGAUCCCAGUCAAGUACUACGCCCACGACAACAUCACUCGCGCGGCAUAUUCACACAUGAUGCAUUUAUCCGCCGACUUUCAUGACUCAAAAAGCUCAUCCGAGAUGAUGAUGGCCAUAUAUGGCGGAGCAGCUGUGUCUAACGUUGUGGAGAGCGUCCUGCUCCAGGCCCUGCCUAUGCUCAUUGACAUGGGUGUGGCUGUCGUCUAUCUUUCAGUCACAUUUGGCCCGUACGAAGGCCUCAUCACCGUUGCGACUGGCACUAUUUUCUUCGUCAUGGCCGGCCGCUUGGUUGCCGAGUCCAAGGCCGCAAGCCGCAAGAGGGUCAACGCAUUGUACCAGGAGCAUUAUGUUCGACAAUCUGGUCUUCUUGGAUGGCAGACUGUCAGCGCGUUCAAUCAGAUUGGCUAUGAAGACAACCGACACGCGAACGCUGUCACAAAUCGCUGGCUCAGUGAGCAACGCUACGUCAUGAGCUGGUACAUCUCGAUUGCCUUUCAAACCAUGGUGCUCACAUCUGGUCUACUAGUGAGCGCCUUCCUGGCUGUGUCAAGGAUUCAGAGCGGGCGCGCGACCUCUGGCCAAUUUGCGAUGCUUUUGAUGUACUGGUCGCAGCUUACUUCCCCACUUCAAUUCUUUGCCAAGCUUGGGAAGAGCAUGAGCGACGACUUUAUCGAUGCGGAGCGGCUGUUGGAUGUUAUGAAAACGAAGCCGACGGUGGAGAACAAGAAAGGGGCGCGGCCCCUCAAGUUUGUCUCCGGCAAUGUUGAGUUCGAGAAUGUUUGCUUCAGCUACGACGGCCGUAAAGGGACUAUCAAAGGCAUUAGCUUAAGUGUCCCAGCAGGGGAGACGGUAGCUUUUGUUGGGGCGACCGGCGCUGGCAAGUCUACGUUAUUGAAGCUACUUGACAGAUUCUACGAUGUCUCGGAGGGUUCCAUUCGCAUCGACGGCCAAGACGUGCGCGAUGUGGAUCUAUUCAGUCUCCGCGACAGAAUCGGCAUCGUGCCCCAGAACCCGAUUCUCUUUGACGACACCAUCAUGAACAACGUCCGAUACGGACGAAUAACUGCCAGCGACGAGGAAGUGUUUGAAGCCUGUCAGGCUGCCUGUAUACAUGAUAAGAUCAUAGGCUUCACCAACGGGUACGAGACUCGCGUUGGCGAGCGCGGUGUGAAGCUAUCCGGCGGCGAGCUACAGCGCGUUGCGAUCGCAAGAGCUAUUCUGAAGAAGCCAGAUAUUGUGCUCCUGGACGAAGCUACCAGUGCAGUGGACACCGAUACCGAACAGCAAAUACAGGAGUCGUUCAAGAGCCUUUGUCAAGGGCGCACAACUUUUAUUGUGGCGCACCGGCUGUCAACAAUUAUGAAUGCAGAUCGGAUCGUGGUCAUCGAACAUGGGGAGCUCAUCGAGAAAGGCAGCCACCACAAGCUUAUCGCCAAAAAGGGGCGAUAUGCGGACUUGUGGUCAAAGCAAGUGUUUCUCCGGCCUCGCGACAAGACUCAGGAUGUCGUUGAGAUUGUCGACGACCGACAGGAACUCACUGAUGAUGUGUCAUCUGAGCAAACUGCAGCUGAUCCUGACCGAUGUGGAACCACUGAUAGCGACAGUGAGAUGUUCUGCACGGAAAUUGAGCAUACGGCUGAGAAUGCCGAGUCUACAAGCCAGGCAAAAGAAGGCUCUAAGCUCAACCCCGUCGCCCCGGAAUUCACUCCCCGGGCCUUGACUUCACCAAGAAAGGGAGAUGCGCAUGACUGCGCUUCGAGCAAUAACCACAGCACCACCUCUGACGAUUCAAUUGUCCCCGAGAGCUCUGUCCAUGGCCAGUGGUCAGACGAAAUUGAAAGCUGCGAGCCUGCAAACAUCCCGAAUACCCCUUGCAAUGCCGCGGCCAACGUAGCCGAACCUACACAGGAAUUAGACGAGCCGUUUGUAUCAUCUGGGAAAACACCUCGUGUAUCCACGAGUGCCACUAGUCCGGCAACGCAGACGGCAGGAUGUUCCGAUAAGAACAAAGCCGCCAAUGACGGCGCAUCUCCCGAAGCCUAGAAAGCCUCAGGAAUGCACGGGAAGCGCGAGUCAGAGUGUGCUCUUGACACUACCUUGAAACAUCCGCGGUAUUCAAGACGUAUUCAAUCCAAAAGUGAACCCUCUCAGGCUGCUGCAUCAGAGACUUAUCCAAUGCCUGCCGUACCCGCUAGGUCCGUUAGGCUAGAAGACUUCCAAGACACAUCGGUAUGACCACGUUUCCAAGGGCAUACGGCUAGGCUAAUGACUUCCUUAAAGCGUCGCGUGUCCGCUCCAUCGGUGCAACCCCAGGUGCAGCAAUCUCAUAUACCAAGGCCGACCAGCCGUGGUUCGACUGUGUUGCGACAGAUCGCUGCCCCACAAUCCAACUCGCACUUCGACGAGCCAUCUAGAACAAUGAAAGAAACAGACACUACAGACACUGUAAUGUCAGAGACCCCUGGCGGGGAGGAGACCGAGCGACGACGAAGACUCGUCGUGGCCACCACCGCGACAGCUUCGGGAAGAACGUAUCGGCCUGGGAGACGAGGCCGAGGUUCCUGGACUCGGGGUCGUCGUGCUCGAGGUGGCACCCGCACUGAGGCGACGGAGAACCAGCAUGUGUAGGGGAGGGUGAUGGUGAUAUCUUUACGCGGGUGGCGGGUCCACACGUGGGCUCCAUUCUCAGCUUACAUUGUACAGUAUGUAUUGGCCGGGAUGAGAUGUUUGAGUGUUAUUCGCCAAGCAGACUUGUCGUGGCAAUGUUUGAGGACUAUGCCUCAUGAAGACAUGUAUCUCUACACUCACUUGAUGAACCAUGGUCAUGACAGCUCGGGCCACGAGGCCUUGAAAGGCGCUUUGGGACAUCGGGGGUAUUUUAGCGACAAGACUAUUCCUGCAACAGUUCAGUCGCUCUUUGUUAAGGUAUCUAUCUGUACGGGAAGAUAUACGCCAGGUGUCUGCAUGUCGGG